AUGCAUUAAAAGUCCCUAAAUAUAUUACGAAACCCAUUCUAAAAUUUGAUAUAAUUGCAUCCACAAAGAGCAAAGCAAAAGGAGAUAUAAAAUGACUUAUACCAAAUUGCAUAGGAUAAAUAAAAGUUAAAUUAGCCUAAAAGUCGAUUUACCAAUAUAUCAAUACUUCGUUAUAAAUAUUGUAGGUUAUGUUCUUUCCUGCAAUCUAAAAGGAAUAGCAUAGCAUACAAAAAAAACAGCAAUAUAGAAGCUUACCUAUAUGCUAAAAUUUUUGAAUUUUAUCCUUUUCUAUCGAUUCCAACAUUUUACUUUACAAAUAUAUUUUGA